ACAAAUUUUCUCCUGGUAAGUUCUUCGCUUCUCUUCUUAAUACUUUUCUUUUUACUCAGAUGCUCUUGCUUUAUUUUUCAGAAAUCAAGAAGAAGACCCCUGAGAAGGGUGUCACGUUUAGUGAGGCCGGGGUAAAGAGGCCCAAGAUUACCGUCAAGUCCACUGACACUGCGGCUCAGGAUGCCGCGAAGGCUGCUGAGGCGCAGCGAAAGGUGGAGGAGGACCGGAAGAGAGAGGAGGAGAAGAAGAGAGUUGUGGAGGAGAAGAGAAAGAAAGAAGAAGAGAGGAAGAAGGUAGAGGAGGAGAGAAAGAAAAAGGAGGAGGAGAGGAAGCAGAGGGCGGAUCAGGAGAGGUUGGCUGAAGUGGCGAGGAAGCAGGCCUUGGAGAAGGAGCUAUCGGCGAAAAAGGCUAUGGAUCAGCCUCUUAAACCUCCAGGCCCUGAGGUCACCAAACCAACCAACACUGGUCCUGUUACUACUUCCAAGGGUUCCAGCCGCUUCUCCUCAAGCGGCGCGAGCUCUGGUGGAGUUGGGGGUUAUAACCCCAAUGUGAUAGGUGCGAAGGACACCGUUGGGGACAUUUACUACAAAACUUACACCGAAGAAGAGCGUGGGGACGCUCCUCACCAGGCCCCCUGGAGUUUAAAACAGAAAGAUACUUUCAUCGAGUUCAGCCCUGCGCGCGAGUGGUUCCUGAACUCCUUUACACCUGCUGAAGUCCAUCGGCAAAGGGCGAAACCUCACGAAAUGUUGUAUCGUACUUAUAUUCUUGGUGAGGCCAACGCUCGUGCUGCCAACCAUCAAAUAGUUCGCGAAUGGCGAACGAUGGUUAGGGAGCGUGCCGACUGGGAGGCUUAUCGCGAGCGUAUGCUGAAACGUAUUGCUGAAUUCGAAAAAUCUAAAACCGCGUUUGGUGAGGAGAGAGCCAAGUUCGAGGCUGACAAGAAGGCUGAAGAGUGGGGCCGCGAGGGGCUGCAGAAAAAACUCCACAAUGUUGAGGAGCAACUGGCCAAGGAGAAGUCCGAGUUUAAGCGUAUAUGCGCCCAAGACAACGAUCGUGCUUAUGCGCUACGACAGAAGAUCGUUGAUCUUGAGGCUAAAGUUGCGGACUUGACCUCAAAGGUGGAGGAAGCGCAGGGUGAAAGAGCUGCCAAGCAGCAGAUGGAGGUUGAGCUGACUGAAGCCAAGGUGCAAUUGUCCAACAAGGACAAGGAUCUCCACGCCAAGGACGUUGAGAUUGCGGAACUCAAACGUCGCUUGAAUGAGCAAAUCGACAGAUGCGAGUCUUUGGAGAUUGACCUUGAGGCUGAGAAGGUCAAGGCUGCUGAUGCUGAGGAGGCGCGUGCUGUCAGCACUGCUGCGCUUAAUGUGGCCCAGACAAACUACUCCGAGACCCAAGGCAUCGUUGAUACGCUUGUCUCGGAGGCUGAAUGGAUGCGCACUCGAGGAGUAGUGCUGGUUGCCAACUCCAUCCUGAAUGCGAGCGAGCUAGACCGCGCCGUAGCGGCUCUGACAGAUGCGGCGCGUGCGGUGGGUCAUCGGGGAGGCUACCUGGAGUGUGCCGAUCACGUUGAGCAGAUGCUUGGGCAGGAAUUUGACAUAAGUCAUUGCUCAGUGACGGAACAUGCUGAUGCUGCACUGGCAAGCGCUGAAAGCUCCUAUGACAACCUUUCCUUGCCUAUCAUGGAGUUGGUUGUUGAGUCGUUGAAGAAAGACGACUGGUGCCAGCGUCUUAAGGCGGUCCUCGAUCCACCAGUCACCGUCGAGUUGUCCGACGAAGAGCUAGUUGGUGAUGAUGGCGGUGAUGGUGAUGAUGAUGGCGACGAUGAUGAUGGCGAAGAUGACGGCAACGAUGAUGAUGGUGAUGAUCGCCGCGAUGAAUAGGAUAGUUUGUUGAAUAGGUGGAUGAUAGGCAUUUGUGCCUUUGUAAUUUCU